AUGGCAGAAACACGUGAACUUGAAGUUGCUCGACAAAAUAGAACUAAUUGUAAAAUUCGCUUAAGUAAAAUCGAGGAAGUGGAAAAGGAAUUUGACAGAGCUCAACUAACAUUAGAAAUAUUGGCUCCGGGAAUAAAUCGUGAACAAGAUAGAGCGGAAUUUGAUGAAAAUUAUUUUAAAUAUGUAGCGUUAGCAAAGCAAAUUUUGAAAGAUCGCAAUUUCCAAAAUCGCGAUAUAUUAUUGGAGAAUAACGAAAUAGAUCGACAACGAAAUCGUAUAGCGUUGUUAGAAGCUGAGUUGAGUUCUCGUCGAGAUGCCGAGAUUGCAGGUUUGAGAGAUAUAAUAUCAUCGAGAAAUUCUAAUGAAUUAAGUACAGUGCGCACGCAUUUUCCACUUCCUAAGCUAGACCUUCCCACUUUCUCUGGGGGAUAUGAAGAGUGGUUGGGUUUUCGCGACACGUUUGUGGCUAUUAUUCAUGACGAUUCAACUAUACCGAAGGUACAAAAGUUUCGGUAUUUGAAAUCUUAUUUGAGGGAUGGUGCCGCUCGCGUUGUUGAAAAUAUUGCAAUAUCAGAGUCGAGUUAUGAUGAAGCGUGGAAAUUAUUAGAAGAUCGAUUUAAUAAUAAAAGAAUUAUAAUCCAGAGCCAUAUGACAGCUCUGUUUGAUUUAACAAGUCCGAAUAAGGAAUCGCCAUCGUGUCUUCGUAAUAUGCUUGAUUCAAUUUUGAGACACACUCGCGCGUUAACAGUCUUGGGUCAGCCGGUGGAAAAGUGGGAUACCCCGCUGAUAUAUCUUAUCGCUUCAAAACUAGACAAAGAUACCAGAAGAGAGUGGGAACGACGUCAUCAUACUUUAUUACACAAGGAAUCAGAAAAUGAAUCGAAUGCGAGUAGUUUGAAUGUAGGGGAUAAGAAUGCAUCACAGGAAAAUGUAUUAAAAAAUUGUCAUGUUAUCGACUCUUCUAUGGUUCUUCUCUCAACAGCAGUGGCAGUUGUAUUAGAUGUUUAUGGUAAAAAAUAUAAUUGUAGAGUUUUAUUGGACAGUGGUUCUCAACCGAACAUAAUGACUGAGUCUUUGGCUAACAAAUUAAAUCUUAGAAAGAAGCGAUUACAAUCUUCAAUUGAAGUUCUCAAUAGCAAUGAAAUAAAUAGUGCUGAAUGGGUAGAGACUGUUAUUGAAUCUAAAACUUCUAAUUUCGCGACAAAACUUUCUUUUUUAAUCCUUCCAAAAAUUACAAGUAAUAUUCCAUCUAUUCCUAUAAAUAAACAUUUGUUUAAAAUACCUUCUCAUAUCAAGUUAGCUGACCCUCAUUUUGACAUACCAGCUGCUAUAGAUAUAUUAUUAGGAGCAGAAAUAUUUUAUGAAUUGUUGUGUAAUAAUAAAAUUUCUCUCGCGAUACCACACACUUCUCUUCAAAAUACUCAAUUAGGGUGGGUCGUGACUGGAACAAUAUACAAUAAUAAUCAAAAACAGACAAGAUUAACGUGUAACUUGAUUCGGGAUUCAUUAUCAAUGCAGUUGGAGAAAUUUUGGAAAAUGGAAGAAGAUGUCAAAAUGGUUCAUUUAUCAAAUGAAGAAGCUAGAUGCGAGAAACACUUUGUAGAGAAUAAAAGUCGUGACCUUGAAGGUAAAUACAUUGUACGUUUACCAUUCAAUCAUCGGAAGGAGGAAUUAGGGAAGUCAUAUGAAGCAGCUAUGCGAAGAUUCUUCAUAUUGGAAAGGAGGCUGUUAAAAAAUGAAAAACUGAGGCUUUCUUAUAAUCAGUUCAUGCAGGAGUACGAAGAUCUUGAGCAUAUGGAGCAAUCAAGUAGUGGACCAAAUGAGGGUUACUACCUUCCACACCAAGCCGUGAUCAGAGAGACCAGCCUCACCACAAAACUAAGGGUUGUAUUCGACGGGUCAGCGAAGACGAAUACUGGAAUCUCUCUCAACGAAACUCUAUUGGUGGGCCCUACGAUCCAAAGUGGAUUGAUCACCAUAUUGAUUAGAUUCCGACAAUAUCCUGUAGCACUGAUUGCGGACAUCGAGAAAAUGUACCGUCAAUUUUGGAUACACCCUGACGAUAGAAAAUUUCAAAAGAUUCUGUGGAGGAAAAAUUCGGAUGAGCCUGUUAAAACAUUUCAAUUAAAAACAGUCACAUACGGAACUUCUGCAGCUCCUUUCUUAGCGAUUCGAUGCUUGAAGGAAUUGGCCAAAGAUGAAGGUUCACAUCAUCCAAAGGCAGCUGAAGUUCUUGAAAAUGAUUUCUAUGUAGAUGAUCUGGUAACUGGUGCUGAAUCAAUUGAAGAAGCUCAAGAACUAAAACAUGACCUACAACAGUUGACCGAAAGAGGGGGACUUCAUUUAUGUAAAUGGAGGUCAAAUAAACAAGAAGUCACCGGGAACACAGAUGAUAAAGUAGAUUCACGAUUGAAGUUAGAUUUGGAAAAAAACUCAAAGACCUUGGGAGUAAUGUGGGAUAUAAAACAAGACAAUCUGUGUUUUGAAGUUGCACUCGGACGAAAAGAACCAGUAACAUCCAAAAGAAUCAUGCUUUCCGAAAUAGCCAAGCUGUAUGACCCGCUGGGAUUAGUUGCUCCUGUAAUCACCUAUGCUAAAAUCAAAAUGCAAGAGUUGUGGAAAACUGGAUCAUCAUGGGAUGAUCCAGUGCCAUCUGACAUCUUAGAAGAUUAUGAAGAAUAUCAGCGUCAAUUGUGCGCGAUCAACAACUGGAGCAUAGGAAGAUCAAUAAGAGAUCAAGGAUCUGAUGAGUUUCAGCUUCAUGGUUUUGCAGAUGCAAGUGAGAGGGCGUUUGGUGCAUGCAUAUAUGCUAGAUCAUCCAAAGGUGGGGAACAUCGAACAACUCUUUUGUGUGCAAGGUCACGAGUGGCUCCAAUAAAAACAGUAACCAUUCCUAGGUUGGAGCUUUGUGCAGCAGUACUUUUAGUUAGACUUUUAAAGAUUGUGAAGGAAUCAUUGCGUUGCCGAGUAGAUAGAGUCAUGCUUUGGUCAGACUCAACCAUUGCAUUGAGUUGGAUCAAAUCUUCACCUCACUUGUUUAACAUCUUUAUAGCAAAUAGAGUGGCUGAGAUCCAUGAAUCAUCUAGUGCUGAGAUGUGGAGACACGUAUCUUCAGGAGAUAACCCGGCUGAUGCAGUUUCCAGAGGUCAAAUGCCGGAGGAUUUUUUAAAUAAUAAAUUAUGGAAAAGUGGUCCAGAAUGGUUAAAAAUUUCUGAUGAUCACUGGCCAAAUAACAUGAUUCCAGAACCAGAUCAGUCAGAAUCAAGAAAAACAAAAGUUUUAAUUGCAAAGCCGAAGUCAUCUUGGAAACAAUUAUGGAGUCGAUUUUCAUCUUGGAAAAAAUUGACUCGUGUGAUGGCAUAUUGUUUGAGAUUCGUGAAUAAAGUGGCAAAGAGAUCGCAGGAUUCGGAAGAAUUGACUUCGGCUGAGUUGAGAGCUGCAACUAAUAAGAUUUGUUUGCUUGUUCAGGAGGAGGAAUUUGCAGAUGAAAUACAUGAGUUGAAUGGAGGCAAUAACUUACCUAGAAGAUCACGAUUAUUGAGAUUGAGUCCAAUUAUUGACGAAAAAUUAAUAAGAGUUGGAGGAAGAAUAAAAAAAGCGUUAUUGCCAUUUGAUCAGCAGCAUCCCAUCCUUCUCCCUAGUAAACAUCCUAUCACUACCCUCAUAAUAAGAUCUACUCACGAAGAAUAUAUGCACGCAGGCGUUAAUGGCACUCUAUAUGCAAUUAGGGAAAAAUUUUGGCCCAUUGAUGGGAGAUUAUCGGUGCGUAAAAUUGUAAACAGAUGCAUAAAAUGUUUUAAAAAUCAACCUAAAGAAGUAUCAUACAUUAUGGGCAACCUUCCAAAAGUACGAGUUACACCGUCAAGACCUUUUGAGAAUUGCGGUAUAGAUUAUUGCGGACCUUUUUAUGUGAAAGAAAAAAGAUUAAGAAAUCGAGGAAAAAUUAAAGUGUACGCGGCAAUUUUCAUAUGUAUGAGUACGAAAGCGGUGCAUGUUGAAUUAGUGGGUGAUAUGUCAACGGAAAUGUUUUUGGGAUGUUUGCGAAGAUUUUUUGCUAGGAGAGGUAAAUCUAAAAGAAUGUAUUCUGAUAAUGGACUCAAUUUUGUAGGAGCGAAAAAUGAGUUGAGCGACAUUUACAGCAUGCUCAAUAAAAAAGAAAAUAAUGAAACAAUAAAAAACAAUUUAGCAAAUCAAGGCAUUGAAUGGUAUUUUUCACCACCACGUACUCCACAUUUUGGUGGAGUAUGGGAAGCAGCUGUGAAGUCGCUCAAGACUCAUCUGAAAAGGACUGUCGGGGAAACUCUUUUCACUUACGAGGAAUUGUAUACAUACAUGUGUGAAGUAGAAUCAAUAUUAAAUUCAAGACCGCUCACACCAAUGUCAAAUGACCCGAAUGAUAUGCGUGUUUUGACUCCAGGUCAUUUUUUGGUCGGAUCAUCAUUGAUGACGAUUCCAUCAUUAGAUUUUUCACAAACUCCAUCAAAUAGACUAAGUAAUUGGCAACACAUUCAAAAACUAAAAAAUGAUCUGUGGAAACGAUGGACUCGCGAGUAUCUAAAUGAGAUCAACGUGAGAUCAAAGUGGCACACAGGUUCUCCUAAUAUUAUAAAAGAAGGAACUAUAGUGAUUUUAAGAGAUGAUAAUUUACCUCCUUUACGGUGGAGUUUGGGAAGAAUUAUUCAGGUGUGUCCUGGAGAUGAUGGAGUUAUUCGAGUAGUGAAGAUUAAAACUCAGAACGGAAUAUAUACUCGUGGAGUGAAAUUAGUUUCGCCACUUCCGAUAAAUGAUAAUUAUUGA